AUGAAUUUCUUGAUUAAUGAGAAUGAAUGCUAUUUUCGCAUCAAAUAUUAUGCCUUGGAUGACAUUGCGUGUGAUAUUACAAUUAAACUAAGAAUUGUUACAUUUGACAGUUGUCAAGGUCAAAGAGAUGCACCGAGGUAUUUCCAUAGCACCAACUCUACUGUCAAACACCCGAAUACACAUGAUGUGCAAAAGACGACUCACCACACCGCAACAACAGCAGCUGCAAAAAUAACUGCAAGGCAUCACCCUGUAACCACAACUCCAAGCCAUACUACUAAAGUCGUACAAAAGAAAUGUUUAAAUAAAAUGAAACCACAGGACUUGAUGAGCUUAUUAUUUGGCUUGAUUCCUCGAAUAAAAACAAUUGAAUUCAUAGAAAACGAAAAUCUUCAAAAGCUUACACAUCUUAUCCAGGAAAUAUUCAAGCAAUAAAUGGACGUAAAACACUCUUUUUCAACGAAAAUAUCAGUUAAUAUCGAAAUCUUCUAAAAGCAUUAUCACUUC